UCCGGCGGCCACUCUUCGCUUGACAUUCACGGUCCUUCCACUACUUUCAACCCGGCUUGUGCGCGCUUUCUGUCGGAUACGUCUCCCCCGUGGACUACCCCUUGUUUUCCCCCAUCUUGGAUCAUUGAGUUGUGGAGGUUUUUGUCCCAGGAGUGCCUAACCAUUGCCCCUAACCGAUUGGAGUGCGUUUCUGGAGGCUGGUGGUGGCUGGUUGGUGGUUGGUUGUGCGCGGCGUGUGGUGCCAAGCGCAGCCCGGAGAGGAGGCGCUUCUCCCGGGGAGGUUAAGCGCUCGGGAGUCGGGACGUGGUUCUCCCCUUACAGCGAAACAGAACCGGACAACAAUGACAAGGAACUGUCCCAAAAUGAACCCCCAAACCUUCUUUUUUAGUCUACUCUUUGGGAUUUCAUUGCUAGGUGGGGUCUUCAGUAGGAUAGUCUCAGUACCUCCUGGUCCUUUGAUACGAGUGGAGGGGCAGCCUAUCUCUAUCCGCUGUGAUGUCAAUGACUAUGGAGGACCAGACGAACAGGAUUUCGAGUGGGUGAUGAAGAGGACCCAAAACGGCCCCCAGAUUAAAAUCAUCUCGACCUUUGACACAAGCUACUCCCACCCCUCCCUCACCCGACGAGUGGCGUCUGGGGAGAUCUCUAUGAACAGACUUAAAGAUAACGAAGUGGAGCUCAAAAUCUCUGAUGUGAAACAAACCGACUCUGGAUUUUACAACUGUCAAACGCCGAGCACCGACUCUGAGAUCAAAGGGAACUAUGAAGCACAGGUUGAACUCAUAGUGAUACCCAACACCUUAAAAGUGUCCCCGGCAGCUCCUGUCCCUGUGGUGUCUGAGAGCGGAGACAUCGUACUGUCCUGUAACGUCACUCGUGAACUGAGCCAGCCCACGUACCUGUCCGUCACCUGGUCCAUCCGCAAAUCCAAAACACUCGAAACGGAAGAGAUAUUAUCGUUUGGGCCACAGGGAGAGGUCACUACAGGACCCAAGUACACGCGCAGGUAUUCAGAUGGUGGAGUGCGACUUGUCCCGGGGCAACAUGGCGUGUUUGAGCUGGUCAUCGCCAAGGUAACGACCUCGGAUGACGGGACGUACGGCUGCACUGGCACAGAGUGGGCCCAUGAGAGCAGCGGGCAGUGGCUUCAGAUUGUGGAGAGCACCAAAGAAAUGGGACCAGUCACUGUAACGCCCAUAAGUCAAUCUCUCACCAUCACCGCCUCCUCCCUCUCCCCCGUCAUCCUCACCCCGGGCGCCUCCCUCUCCCUCCUCUGCUCCGUCACCGUGGACAACCUGCCCCAGAUCGGCCUGGAGGUCACAUGGCUCUCCAACGGUCGCGACCUCAUCACCAUGGAGAUGAACGGCGUGGUGGUCUCCAACGGGACCAACUACAGAGCCGACGCCAGCCUGGAGAGAGUUGCCCCGGGGCAGGUGCGGCUCAGCGUGAGGGGGGUCACUACGGAGGAUGCAGGGGCGUAUUCGUGUCGCGUGAGGGCAUUUGUGGAGAAAGGCGGCAGAAGCUCUGGAGGAGGGGGCAGAUGGCACAUGGCGGCAGAGAAGAUGUCGUCAACGGUCAAUGUGAAAGUGGCACAAAUCAAGCCCAGUUUUACCUUGACCCUUGAACCCAUCGCGACACCAAAGGUGACCUCAGAGCCGAUGGAGCUGGCGUGUCAUGUGACCAACAUUACCAACCUCCCAGCAGGCGGGAGACUGGGCGUAUCCUGGCAAUACAGCUCUGGAAGUAACCCUCAGACCUCAAAUCUCAUUGGCUCGUUGGACGCGGGUGGUAACCUGUUGCCGGGGACGACGUAUUCAGAUCGACUGGAUACCGGAGCCAUUACUCUGGGCAGAGUCCAGCCCAAUACUUUUAAACUGCGCUUUCUGCGUGCACAGGAGGUGGACAUGGGGCAGUACUCGUGUGUGGUCUCAGCCUGGACUGUGAACUCUCAGGGCGGAUUUGUGAAGGCGACCGAACAACCAAGCCCCGCCCUCCCGAUCAAAUGGGAUCCAAAACGUCCGUCUCUGAACGUUGUGGCCAGGACUAUCCGCGAGGCUUCGGUGGGCGGGUCUACAUUUGAGAUGAGCUGUGCGAUGACCACUGAGAAUCUGGGGGAGGCGGGCUAUUCUGUCCUCAUCCAAUCACAGGAGAGCGUCGGCGCCAGCAUCAAAACCAUUAUGACGUUCAGUCCUGACAGUGUGGUCCAACAUGGAGGAGCUACGGACCCAAAACGCAGGGAUCAGUUGGUUCUGUUGAAAUCCGGAGCAGCGGAGUUCCGGUUCCGUCUCGGUGGCGUGCAGCUCUCCGACCGUGGGUUUUACUGGUGUGACAUCACGGCGUGGACCAAACAGAGCCCGGGCCAGACCUGGACCAAAGCCACCAGUGCAGAGUCCAACAAGGUCAAGAUACAGUACCAAGAGAACGGCCCAUCCUUCGCCGUCGCGCUCCGCUCUGAUUCUACCACUGUGUAUCCAUGGGAAACCGCCAAAAUGGAGUGUGUCCUCAGUAUCUCCGGAUCCUCUCCAAAAUCAGAUGACAUCGCCUACGAGGUGCGUUGGUUUUUCACAGAGCUGCGGGGUGGAGACACCGCGGCUCAGCUCAUCAGCAUGGACUGUUCUGGAGUCGUGCGAAAAGAGGCGCGGAACUCGUCCAGCGACGUCUCUGUCCAGCGCACCGACACACACUCCUAUGAGCUCAGUGUACACGGGGCGCAAGACAGUGACAGCGGAGAGUAUCAUUGUGUAGUCACUCCCUGUUACGUGUCUCCUUCCACCAAAACCUGGACCAAAGCUGAAGAGAUCACCUCCUCCAGGAUCUUUCUCACUGUCAAAUUCGCUGUUUGGGAUUCACUAAAGUUACCUCUUCUGUACGGGACAGUGGCAUCAAUAGGGGUGGGGCUCUUUUCCCUGAUCUUUGGCCUGGUUUGCGCUCACUGCUGCUGCCGUAACACCUCACACACUCCCCUCUCCCGAAACAAACUACUGCACCUGGAGAUGGACUGACAAACAGCCACCCCCGCAAACCUACAAACCUGCAGAGCGCACCACAAAAAUCCCAAAAAUCACUCCAACGAGGCUCUCUCCGACGACUUCUGGGAGGCCAAAUAUUUCCCAAAUCGCAACGGGAAUUGGGAUUAAGAAAUUCGGAUCUUUAAAUUACAAAAUCUGGUGCUUUUUUGCAGGUUUUUGCGGGGAUACGAGCUUUGAUACUGCUCCAAUCUGUGUGCUUCCAAUGAUCAAACUUUGGAAAAUUAUUUGGAAUUUCACUGCCAUUUUGUGGAAUUUUUAUUAUUUUUUUUUUAAAGUAAGGGAUGACAUUUUGUUGCAAUUGAAUAAAGGGAUAUCUACGGCAACAUUUGAGGGUCAAAACUCAAAGCGGUUUUGAUCAAAUUUUGGAAAAUGAUUUGAAAUUUCACUGCCAUUUUGUUUUUGGUUUUUUUUGGAAUAAGCAACGACUACCAUUACAAGGGAUGACAUUUGCAUAAAGGGAUAUCUAUGGCAACUCAAGAGGAUCAGAACUCAAAGCAGAUUUUCGACGAUAUUGAUCAAACUUUGCAAUAUUAUCUGAAAUUUCACUGCCAUUUGGGAAUUUUUCUUUUUUUUUUUUUUGUUUGACUAAGCAACAACGACCACUAUAAGGAAUGACAUUUUGUGGCAUUUGAAUAAAGGGAUAUCUACGGCAACUCAAGAGGGUCAAACUCAAAGCUGUAUUGAGUCGCCGUAUUGGAUUUUUGGAUUGAAAUCGCUUGGGAGAUUUUAACGGGACUGCCAUUUGAAUCCAGGCAGCAUUGCGUUAUAACAUUGCCACAAAAAGACGAUAAUCUUAUAGUUUUUUGCAAAUUUGAAGAGAUUUUAAGACAUUUUUAAGCUUUACACAGAGAUAUUAUGCAGUUAGCGUGUUAGUGUGAAUCAAACUAUCGGAGAAAGACUUCAAAUUUCUUCAGAAAAUUUUCUAACUGUGUUGAAAUAAUGGUUUUUGUGCGUUUUUGUACUUUUUGGUGUGACUGUGAGAUGCAUGUGUUGUUCAUAUUGACUUCCAGGUUUCAAAUGCCUUUAAAUCUGCAGUAAUUUCAACAACUGUUAAACAUUUAAACUGUUUUAAACCAUCCGUUCUUCUGUUGUCAAAGCCUUGUAUUAAUAUUUGCCUUAUUUGACUAAAACACACAGUAUAGCCCCUUUUUAAUUAAGCUUAUAGAGUUUAAAGUUUAUUUUGGCCCCGCCGUCAUGUAGUGAGUCGGUAAGAUAUUUUACCAGGGCCUAGUCCUAUCUCGCAAUGACAAGUCUUAAAGGCCCUGUACCUGAUUUUUACUGUCUUAAAAAGUAUUUCCUUCAAAGUUAUUCUUCACUUGCCUUAUGCAUUCAGAGCAUCCUAAUUAAUGACCGCAAUGAGUUUUUAAGCGCUUUCCACAACUUUCAGAGGGUUUUGCAGUGAGGUAACGCUAACAACAACUAGCAUGCUAAUAGACACUUCCUGAUUAUUGGACAGUAUAUACAGACAGUACACAGCUGACUUAUUUUGACCCCUAGAGCUGCUUAUACAAUAUAUCUGUACUGGGGCAAGACGCAUGACAAAAUUGGGUACAGGACAUUUAAGGCAUAUUUUUAGAAAUAUCUAGCCAAUAAUUUACAAGAAAAAUGCCUAGCUAGAAAUAUUAAACAAAUGAUAGACCUCUUAGACCAAAACAAUGUCAAAUUACUUAUAGCGUUCAAUUGACACCAACUGUUACCCGUUGAGCGAUUUCGUCCAUGUUAAAUUACUUAAAAUGGCUCAACAUUGGGAACAUUUUAGAGUGAAGACGUUUUAGUCGAUUGUUUUAAAACCCGUUUGCAUCUUUACUUUUAAAUAGAUGAUGGGAUGCAAAGAAUAUACAAAACACAUAUGUCUCAUUUGCAUAGACCUUAUAAUGGUUCCCCCUAUAGAGAAACACAGCCAUAUAACGAACGCAUCAUUAACUUCUUCCCAUACGUUUUAAUGGACCCCAUAGUGUUUUAAAAAUGUUAUUGCAAUGAAAACCUUUUGCAACAAUAAAGGGGUCAUUUAUUUAGUAGAUUUCAUUAUUCUAAGCUCAUUUUUAAAAAUCCAAAAUUUAAAAAUAGUAAAUAUGAUAAACCUUUUUUUUUUACUUAAAAUGAUUAUAAAGGCUCUAUUGUAUGUUGAUUUCUUUUUUUAAAUAUACAUUUAAAGGUGUAUAGUGUAACUUUUCUGGUGAAGGGGCACGCUACCCGCUUGUCUCCAUGGAGAUGCUAUUGCUACGUCUGGAUUGUUCCACAGUAUGGCAUUAAAUGUAUAUAUUUUGCAUUUAUUCACAUGUAUUCUUGGUAGUGCUACAUUCUUGUCUCCAUGGAUAUAGUUUAAUGCCAUGCUGUGGAACCAUCUAGGCAAGGCAAUAGACCCUUCACCAGAAAAGUUACACAAUGCAACUUUAAACUACUAAAUUGAUCCAGAAAUGUAUUAAUCGUAUUGCUAAAGAUUUUGGAUUGUUACCUUGCAUGGCUUGUGAGUGUAUUUUCAAUUUAAAUACGCUACUAUUACGACAAAAUGUUAUUAUUUUUAUUCCAACAGGCCAAAUUAAUUUUUACUUUUUAUUUUGACAUUUUGCAUUGGAAAUCUGGAGCAUCUAUACCUGCUUCUCCCAAUGCAAACUAAAGCCACUCCAGUAGGCCCCAUAUGAACAUGCAAUACAGUAUCUACAGUAAUAUCCAAUGUGCCAAAUCUCCAUAGCAAUAGACCAUAUUAAAGGCUGAUCCAGUGUUUCUGCAUUCAUUCAAAUGUUUUUAUAAAUAAAUAGAUUUAUAUAAAAAUG